AUGGCUGGUAGCACUGCAGCCACCGCCGCCCUCCUGCCUCCGGUGAAGAACGUGGUGGUGUACAGGAAUGGUGACCCCUUCUACAGUGGACGGAGGUUCGUGGUCAACCAGCGACAAGUGGGCACCAUGGAGGCUUUUCUGAACGAGGUGACCCAGAACAUCGGUGCCCAGCUCGCCAUCAGGACCCUGUACACCCCGAGGCAGGGCCACAGGGUCGCCGACCUCCAGGACCUUCGGACGGGAUCCCAGUACGUCGCUGCUGGCUUUGAGAGGUUCAAGAAACUGGACUACUUGAGCGUAGGAGCAAAAAAGCAGCCGGCCACCCGUGAAGAACCCCAGGCUAAAGCAGCACAGAGGCCAAAUGUUUCAGCUAAAUGGAGGAAGUUUAUUCCUCUGCCCUGCAUUAUACAUGUUUUCCGUAAUGGCGAUAUCCUAUGUCCGCCAUUUCGGUUCAUCAUUCCCCGGAGCACGCAGCAGGAUCUGGAGCAGGUCCUGAGUCUGGUCACAGAGAAGGUCUGUCUGCGAACAGGAGCCGUGCGCAGGUUGUGUUCUUUGGAGGGAGUGACUGUGACCUCAGCUGGGGAGCUGGAGACCGGCCACUGCUACGUUGCCGUGGGAACCGAGAGGUUCAAGAAACUUCCAUAUGUGGAGCUGCUGGUUUCAAACUCUGCAGACAGAUAUUACCCAGGACAGAGAAGACUGAUGAGAAGAGCUGAGAACAGGAAAACAGGAAGUGGUCCAGCAGACCAGUACAGCGACUCUGCUCUCCUCGACUCCCCAGAGUCAGAUGGUCGGAGGGUAAAGUCAACAGGAGACGAAGCUGGACCUCCACAAGCCUCCCAGCAGAGGAGCAGGAGACUGGGAGCAGAUGAGAUGUCUGUAUUCUUUGCCAGGCCGGUGAAGAUCCGCAAGAACAGAGGUCAGACAAGACUAAUGGAUCUGGUCAGGAACUUCCAGCCCAGCAUCUUUAAAAGAGCGGCACGGAAGAGGAGAGAGGAGGUGCGAGGAGCUGAGGAGGUGCAGGAGGAUGAGAAUACAGCUACAGAGAUUCCUGUUGACCAGAGAGUGGCAGAAACAGUGGAGGAUGAAGAAGGGAACCACAGAGAUGAUCCUCUGCAAAGCACACGGCAGGUUAAGUCAUCUCAACAAAAUGGUGUAGAAGCGACAGAAAACUGGACGGAGAAGUCUGCUGAAAUACAGGAACCUGAGCUGAAGCACACACCUCCAAGACCUUCAUCAUCCACUUCUCAGGAUUCCCCACAGGACGUCCCAUCAAACACAGCAGAACAGAACCACCAGGAGGACAACUAG